GAAGAGGAAGAGGUUCCGCUGUCUGCGCUGUGGGAUGUUGAACUGGGCCACCACACAUAUGAGAUCGGUGGCGGGCGGGAUCUCUUCGACGAUUUGAAGGCUUCGCUACUCAAGGGCGACAGGCUCUUCGAAACGCCCCUGGCUCCUCUCAAAGACGAGAUUGGCAUGCAAGACAACGAGUUUGAUUUUGGGAUCGAGCUGCUAGGUGAGUUUCUGACGAAUAUGAAAGUUAAUCCGGGAAGCAUGUACUAUCCUUGGCCAUCGAGAGCGCACUUCUUGACUUCGUUGUUGUUUAGCUCUGCACGACUACCGUUUUCGGAUGCGCAGAAGAGAGCCAUACUCGGCUGGGCCAAGGAACUGGGCGCGCGUGAUAUCCCAUCUCUCAAGGCGGUCAAGCAGUCAAAUGAGCGCAUCUGCGAACUCGUCGGAAAUCCAACGCGGAAAGUAACAUCAGCGUCCGGCAACAUUUUUUACAUUAACGAUAUUUGGCAUGCAAUUGCAAAGGAUUAUGCAAAUCCACUCACCCGCUUCGCCAUGAUGGAUUAUCCUGAAGACGGUGGAACUGGUAUGUCGCAGGUGUUUCAUGGGCACAAGAUGCUGCUGGAACUGCCGUCGCCUCCGGCGGCUCGGGUGGACGGCAAAAUAUACUUCGUCAAUGAACUUCUGCAGGAACGCUCGGGAGCCUUUUUUGUCCCAGAACGCUUUUUUAAUGCC